UUGUUAAUUACGCGAUUACGGGGGAAAGUUGUGGUGACGCCGGUGACAUAAGUAUCAUUUAAAUAAUAAUUUUUUAUAACUUAUAAUAAAAGUAAAAAAAAAAUAUAUGAUUAUCAAUCAGCCGGAAAUGUGUACAACUAUCGGAUAUUCCGGUUCGCAAGAAUCGGAUUUGUACGACUCGACUGUUUUUGACGAAAUAAGUUCUCACGUAGACUUAUCAAAUUUGCCAAUACUAGAAAAUGAAGAAGAUACAAUGGAAAAAAAAUACGACUUGCAUCCACAGCAAGACAAUAUCAAUCCCCAUGGGAUAGCUAUCGAUCCAUUGCAAUUUGAUCCACGGCAAUCAUCAAUUACUGUUCCAAUUAUCGAGGAAUUUCCUGGGAAAUAUAAUUUUGAAUUGUUUAUACCCCAGGGUAAAGGAAAAAGUAGCGUCUACUCGACUGCUUUGAGAAAAAUCUUCAUCGACAUGGAGCAGCGGCAGCCAUUACGCUUCCAAUGGUCACCGGCUGUUGAAAAUCUAUAUCUCCGUACGACUCUCGUUUAUGCAGAAGAUCGUUACCGAGGAGAUCCAGUGAUGCGCUGCCACAAUCACAUCGGGACCGACAGUCCAUCAAAUCGAAACAUGCCCCCGGAAAUUCUGAAACAAGUCGUCCGUUGCAUUCACCCCCGUAGUUAUUACGAGGACAUCAACGGACAUAAUUCGGUAAUAAUUCCCCUGGGUGCCCCUCAGCCAGGCUGCUCGUAUGUUCCUCUAGAUUUUAUAUUUUACUGUAAAAACAGCUGCUCUACUGGAAUGAAUCGUCGCGCAACUCAGCUAGUAUUCACUUUGGAAACUGGGACUCGUGAAAUAGUCGGACGCCGUAGCAUCGAAGUCCGUGUCUGCAGUUGCCCGAAGCGCGACAAAGAAAAAGAAGAAGAAUCUUUAACUUCCCGUGGGAAGAAACGUAAAGCUAAAAAAAUUCCCAUUAAUCACAAUAACAUCAAUUGUAAUAAUAAUUCAUUGCCGUCAUUCGGGUCCAUUUUACCCCAGCCACCACCAGGCAAAAGAAUUUUAUUGCAAGCAAAUAAAGAUCAGUCAAUAAAUUUGACUAUCAGAGUCCCGUCUAAAGAAGUUGCUAAAAGUGUUCUAGAAAGUUCUUAUAAUAUUCUUGCGGGCAGAGCUGCCCUUACCGGAGAUUAUGCAUUUUAUUAUCCUUAUAUGAAGGACAUACACAAUACUAAUAAUAAUUUGAGUAAUAAUUAGCUUAAGCUAUUGUUAAACAUAGUGAAUAUGUAUUUUUUUUUGUUUAAAUACGUUUAUUUUUGCGGAAACUACGGAAUGUUGGCACCGUGAGCCGAAGGCUACUGCUGCCAACAUACAAAAAUUCAUUUUCGUGACAUAAAAUUUACUUUUAGCGAUUAUCUGUACUGAUAAUUAACAUUUUUAUCGUUAGAACACACUCACAUUCCGUUGACUAAGAAGUUGGCUGCCUGAGCCGAAGGCUACUGCUGCCAUCAUACAGUAAAAUUUACUUUUAUGAUAUCAAACUCAUUUGUAGUAAGUUAUCUGUACUAGUAAUUAAAUUUUAUGAGGCUAGAACGCAUUGAUCGUGAAAUUGGCGGCUUUAGCCGAAGGCUACUGCUACCAUCAUACAGUAAAAUUAACUUUUAUGACAUGAAACUUAAUUUUAAUAAUUAUUUGUACUAAUAAUUAAAUUUUGUGAGGGUAGAAUACACUCACUUGACAUUGACGGUAAAGUUGGCUGCCUGAGCCAAAGGCUACUGCUGCCAUCAUACAGUAAAAUUUACCUUUAUCACAUCACAUUUAUUUUUCAUAAUUUCCUGCAUUGAAACUUAAUAAAAAAAAUAUUUUCUCAAAAUCUAGUCAUUGAAAGAUUAAAUUUUUCGAGGCUCGAGUACACUUACCCCAAGUGUGUACUAAUAAAUUAUAAAUUACCUCAUAACAAUGAUUUAUCAAGUCUACUUACUGUAUAAUCUUACUGACAACUUGAAUUUAAAAUUUCGUCAAAAUCGCUUGACCUUUGGCUCCAUGAGCCGGAGGCUAAUGCUGCCAUCACUCAGUAAAAUCAACUCCCAUUACAUGGAACAUAUUUUUCAUGAUUAUCUACACCCAUACUUAAAUUUUUUUCAAAUAAAAACGCACUCGUUUCCCAUUAGCUUCACGAGCCGAAGGCUAGUGCUGCCCUUACUCAACAGAAUCUUUCCCAUUUUUUUAAGUAAAAAAUUACAUAUUCACUUUAAAAAUAUUUUUAUUAUUAAAAUAAUCGUUAUUAAUAAUUAAGUCUUCCAAAUUGUUGAAAAAUAUAAAACGAAAUAAAUUGGUUUAAAACUUCA